CUGGAGACACCAUCUGCUUCCAAUUACUCUGUGACAAUCUGCAGGAUGACGUCCAAGAUGCUGCACAGUAAACUGCUACAGCAGGUACACAAGAGCCAGAAGGGAAAGGAGACAGGAAUCGGAGGCUAAAGCCGAAACUUGGAUCUGACUUUAACUGCGGCUGAGCUGAGUCACUCUUGCCAACAGAGCCAUGGAGCCGGGUUUGGAAACCUUCAGUUUUCCAUGACUUGGUGGAUGUCUCCUCUGUAAUUGGCUGCUCUGAAAGACCAACAGCUGCUUCUGGUUUCAGGUUUGGAAAACUAGCUCUCUGGUAAGACAUGAAGGAAUUGUUGAAACACUGAACGGAUGAAUCUGUUUCUUUUCAACAAACUGGAGCGCAAACAGGUUGGCUUUUCAGACAUGAUAAGACUUUGACUCAAACUUUUCUUGCACGUUUAUUAAUAGUAACCUGACAUCACGUGUUGCUUGGACUAUUUCGGCAAAGUUAUGCAUGCCAUAGAGAUACGUAAGCAGUAAUUACACCUUCUUAGGCUGCAUUUCUUUCAUGUCAAGACAGCACAAUGUUGCACUUGAGUUCCAGAUAUGUACAGUGCAAAUGUUAAUGUCAAUAUUUUUGAAGAACUUCCUUUUCACUCUGUUCUGGAUAACGUCACCAUUUUCUGGAUGAUUGUCAUAAAAUGGAGCAGCCAAAAGCCAUCCUGAAAUUUUUCAGGACCCUCUCAGAGGACCAAAAUGAGAAACUAAUGCAGGAAGAGCUGAGUGUUGAUCUCAAGAAAAAUGGGGACAUAAACUUAAAAGGUGAACAUUUUAGAGAUUUUGUCUCGUAUGUUAUUUUAAGUCAUGAAGGUGAAAAAACUACCAACUCAGUGGGAUGCUUAACUGCAAGGGAAGGAGGAAAUGAGUCAGACACAGACGAGGGGGAGAGGAAUCGUUUUAACCUAACAGAGCAGCAAGACACAGCUGUAACGUCUGAAACUGACUCAGAGAAACAGAGCUUUGUGGCAAACCAUGAUCAGAAUAACGUGCCAGAUGAACACAAAGUUAACAGUUGCAGCAAAGAUAGUUGUGACAUCUCACAGAAUACACUGGAUGAAACUCUGAAGACAAAAUGUCAACACAUUUCAACUGACUGCACAAAUACAGAUUGCAGUUGUGUUGCACCAAUCAGCUGUAAGCAGGAUGACACUAAAGGAAGCAACCAGGAUGUAAAAAAUGACUGUGAAGGUGCUCACUGCAAUGAGGAUUCUGUCAGAAGUACAUCCACUUUGGAGGUGGGUUUUAAUCCUGAGGAAUCUGCUCAGACAGGACCUCCUGUUGAAGAGCAGGAACCAGCACUGGAGGAGGCUGAAAGUGAAGAGGAGAGGAUGAAUGUAGGGGAGGAAGAAGAGGAGAAAAGAGAUGUAUUUCCAGACUCUCCUCCCUGGCUCCACCAUCCUCCCAGUGCCUGUGAUAAUUCACCUACUAUUACUAUAACAUCUGGAGUCCAGGCACCCCAUCCUCCACCUGGAUCCACCUUCACUAGAGCCACCUUCUCCCCAGGCUCCCCCACCAACAAGCAAACACAGCUCCCAGCCCUCUUCAGCGGCCUCAGGGUGCUGAGGAAGGGGGUGGUUGGCCCCGAGCAUGACACUGUAGCCCAGAUUAAACCAACUUCUCAGGGAGCGAGGAGAGCGGUGGUUGCUGAAGAACAGGGGGACACUAAGAUUCAAGAAAGUUUCCUGGGCCAGAUCUCGCAGUUCCUGAGUCGGGAAAAGAGAGGAGAUAAGAAAGAGGAGGUGAAGGAUUUGGAACCCAAAGGAGCGCAGGAUGAAACCACAGUGAAUGGAAAUGAGGAAAGUGGAGAAGGUGAGAAGACAGAGCUUGAAGCAGUGGAAGAUGCAGAGGUUUCACAGUCAUUUGAGUCCACAAAAUCCUCUGUGUCCAGCGCAGAGGCAGCUUUUGAUGCCUUCAAGGCUUUUUUCACUCCCAAGCCUUUGAAGAAGGAUCCAGCAGAGAAAGUCGACCUGGAGGCAUUAAGGAGGAAGAUAAGAGCUGACAAAGACGUACUAAGAACGCUUUUUGACAGAAGCUCCACUAAGACUCCAGACAAGAAAGACCCGUCUGAUAUCAAAUCUGAGGCCUCCACCCCAGGAGAAGGAGAGGAACGAACUCCUGGACGUUUACAAGCCGUCUGGCCGCCACUGAAGGAUGAAAAAGUUGGGCUGAAGUAUACAGAAGCAGAGCACCAGGCUGCUCUCCUGCAGCUGAAGAGAGAAUGCAAAGAGGAGCUGGAGAGGUUACAGGAGGACUGCAGCCAGGAGCUCUCCAGACUGAGGGUGGAAAAUGUGAACAAUGUUGUCCGUCUGGAGUUCACCGUGGCCGAGCUCCAGGCCAAACUCUGCCAGGUUGGAACCCACCGUCCCGGCGAACUCAGAGAUGUCGCUGUGUCCACAGCAGACGACUCUUUACAAAGAUCAUUCCGUACAGUGUGCAUCCAGACAGACCGAGAAACCUUCGUCAAAACUCCCGACGAUGCCUGUGUGAGCUCUCAGCAGCAGAAGGUGACCCCCAAGAAGCUGGACCUGACUUCCAUCAGCCUCAGCCUGGCUGGUCAGAGGGAUGAUACGUUGUCCUCCUCCUCUUCUGGACUUUCAUUUCAAACUCUUCCACCUGGAGACUCACUUCCUCUGUCAGAACAACCACCUGCCUCUUCUGCAGUGUUUCCAACCAAAGCAGACACUGUCUCCCCUCCUCCUCCUCCUCCUCCUCCUCCCCCACCACCUCCACCAUGUUCAUCAGCACUCCUAAACCACAUGCAGCCAUCAAAUGGUCCUCCACCUCCACCUCCGCCUCCUCCAUCCAUGCCAGGUUUACCUCUUCCUCCCCCUCCUCCUCCAGUUGGGGGUCUCAUGGUUAUGGAUAAACCUCCCAGGAAACCAGCAGUAGAGCCUUCCAGACCCAUGAAACCGCUUUACUGGACCAGAAUCCAGAUCCAGGACAACAAUAAGAACACACUGUGGAACCUUUUAGAAGAACCAAACAUAAUAAACGCCAGAGAGUUUGAGGAUCUCUUCGCUAAAACCACGACACAGUCCAAGAGGAAGCCACUGUCCGAGGCUUAUGAGAAAAAAGCAAAAGCCAGGAAGAUCAUUAAGCUGUUGGACGGUAAACGCUCUCAGGCUGUGGGCAUCCUCAUAUCAAGCCUCCACCUGGAGAUGAAAGAUAUCCAACAAGCUGUGUUGACAGUGGAUCACUCUGUGGUGGACCUGGAAACCAUUGAAGCACUGUAUGAAAAUAGAGCACAGCCGGAGGAACUGGAGAAGAUCAAGAAACACUACGAGACAUCAGCUGAAGAAGAAGUUAAGCUGCUGGACAAACCAGAACAGUUUCUGUAUGAACUGUCUCAGAUCCCAAACUUUGCAGGCAGAGCUUGCUGCAUCAUCUUCCAGUCAGCCUUCAUUGAUGGGAUCGCGUCCAUUCAACGCAAGCUCAACACCCUCUCCUCUGUCUGUAAGGCUCUUCUGGAGAGCGACAGUGUUAGGGAGGUGAUGGGACUGGUGUUGGCUCUGGGGAACCACAUGAACGGAGGAAACAGGACCAGAGGGCAGGCCGACGGCUAUGGCCUGGAAAUCCUUCCCAAACUCAAGGAUGUGAAGAGCAGGGACAAUCGUAUCAGCCUGGUGGACUACGUGGUGUCAUAUUACCUGCAUAACGUGGACAAGAACGCCGGCACAGACAAGAGCACGUUCCCUCUUCCUGAACCUCAGGACGUCUUCCUGGCAGCGCAGGUCAAGUUCGACGACCUCAACAGAGAUCUGAAGCAGCUCGGACGAGAUCUGACAAGAUGUGAGAGAGACGUACAGAAAGUUUGCUCUGACUCUCCUGAAGAACACCUGCAGCCGUUUAAGGACAAGAUGGAGGCUUUUGUUCUCAGUGCACGAAAAGAACACGCCGAAGCUUCCUAUCAGCUGAUGACUGCACAGAAAAGUUUUCAGGAUUUGGUUCUGUACUUUGGACUGAAGCCAAAGACAGGAGAGAAGGAGGUGACGACCGGUCACUUCUACAUGCUCUGGUUUGAGUUUUGUGCUGACUUCAAGGCCAGGUGGAAGAGGGAGAACAAGGCCAUUUCCAAAGAGAGGUUAAAAGAGGCUCAGCUGUCAGUGAAGAGGAUCACAGGAGAGAAGAAGGUGGAGACGAGAAAGAUCAACCCCAACAGCCUGAAAGAGCGACUGCGGCAGAAAGAAGCCAGCAUGUCUUCGAUGUAAUUGACUCAGGAACUCAAAAAACUCCUCACACAACCAUCCUGACUGAGCUGGAUCAGGCUGAACGUGGACCUGGAUUCAAAACAAACACUUUCCUCGAGGAACACAACAUAAAUUGUCUCCACUGAGCACUCACAUUCAGCAACUGACAGCUUCUUGUAAUAUACUUUGCUACAGAUAUGUAUUUACAUUUUAAGGUGUAAAAAAAAAAAAUCAAAUGCUUCAAAUGUGUAUAGACUUUUACAUUAUACUUAACAUUUUGCAUUGAUUCAGACAUAAACUGUACCUGUGUGCAGUAUUAUUGUUCAAAUAAAAUCACUGAUCAGAUCAGAAAAAUGUGACGUCA